AUGGUUCAUACAGAAUAUUGUGGAUGUAAAAACACAAGACUAUGUUACGAGAAAAUGAUAGAUGAUUUACUUGUCGAAGAUGAGGAUCCGUGCGUGGAAAAUGCUAACAUAGGAGUCAGUACAGUUACAGUAUUUUUGCAGGCAUUAAGAAAAUAUUGUUAUUGGUGUAUGUAUUUUGAUGAUAGUAGAACUACAUUUGAAGGAAGGAAUCUCUACGAGGUCAUAAUUAAUAGUACUUCGCUUAACUAUAAAGAUCCUGACAAAAUACCGGUGGUAGUGAUAGAUGCUGGUCAAGAUGCUGGUGCUGGAUCAGUAGGGUUUGCACUAUACAUUAUAGAGCAACUAGUGGCUUGUGGUGAAAAUAAAGAAAUGAUACAAAAUGUGAAAUGGGUGAUCCUGCCUUCCACUAACCCAGAUGGUUUGGAGUUUUCACAGCCAGGCAAGCACUGGCAAAAGAACUUUAGUCCUAGCAGGAACAUUAGUUCUGGCGUAGACAUUACAAGAAACUUUAAUGUAGCAUGGGAUACAUGUCCGAAAAAUGAUAAUAUAUUUUCACAAAAUUAUCCAGGAUCAAAGGCAUCAUCAGAAAAGGAAACCAAUUUUAUAGAAGAUGUUUUAAAAAAAUAUAAAAACAAUAUAAAAACAUAUAUAUCACUGAGACGAGAUGGUCAUGCGAUACUCUACCCUCAUGCGAGCAGUAAUUGCAGUUUUAUGUCAGUGGAUAAAGUUAAGAAAAGAGCAAGCCAAAUAGCUGGAAAAGUUAAUCAAAGAGCUGGCGGCAUACAGUGGUUUAUUAAUGAAAGUAUAUUUAACAUGAAUGGGAAGGCAUACUGUGGCCAUAGCGUCGAAUAUGCUAUUAAUGACUUAAACAUCCCUUACGCGUAUGAGAUGCGUGUUUUUGCGGAAUCAAGUAACAAUAUUAUGUCGAAGAUCUAUUCCUUGCCCAAGGGACAAGAGGCGUCGCUCAGAGCAGCCUAUUUUAGUGGCAUCAGAGAACUUUACAAAUCUAUAAUGAAUGAAAUUAAGCAAAAACCUAAAAAA